AUGCACGUCCAAUCCCGUCUUCAGCCCGUCUUGGACGAGCUAAAGAUGAAAGCUAUGACGCAUGGCAUUAACUUCUUCAUGGCCUAUCGUCGUAAUCAUGCCAACAUUCAACGUUUUCUUCGUUUUGGCUACAUCGCCUUCAUCCUCCACACUCUCACAUCUACUCUGCGCAACGGCGCCAAGAAAAAGUCAAAGAAGCCCAAGGCCGACACAUCACAGGACCCCGUAGAAAAGGCCGGAGUCGUAGCAAAGAAGGAUGCCGAGGGUUCUCAUCAAGCCUCCAAAGCCGUCUCUCAAGCGACUGAGGAAGUGGAUGACUCUUCAUCGAGAGGCCGUGGUGGUCGUCGAGGCAAGAAGAGCAGAGGCCCACGGGUCGAAGUUGAUGCAGUCUUUUUCGAGAGAUUGAGACGCAUCCUUCGUAUCGUGGUACCGGGUUGGCGAUCAAAAGAGGCGGGUCUCCUGAUGCUGCACACGCUUUUCCUCGUGCUUCGAACCAUGCUAUCGCUCUACGUGGCUGAUCUGGACGGUAGGAUUGUAUCUGCGCUUGUGCGCACGCAGACUCGUCAAUUUAUCACCGGCAUUCUCUGGUGGAUGGCUGUCGCUGUACCGGCCACUUACACCAACUCGAUGAUCGAGUUCCUGCAAUCCAAGCUCGCCCUCUCGUAUCGAACUCGGCUCACCAAACGCGUACACGACGCCUACCUCACCGACAUGACCUUCUACAAGCUCGGCAACCUAGAUGAUCGCAUCAAGAAUGCCGAUCAGCUCAUCACUGUCGACGUGGCCAAGUUCAGCAAAUCGCUUGCCGAGAUCUACAGCAACUUUGCCAAGCCCAUUCUCGACGUCUGCCUCUACAAUUUCCAGCUCAGUGGUCGUGUAGGAGCCGAAGCUUUGAUCGGUAUCAAUGUGCUCGUUUCUGCUUCGGCGCAGCUUUUGCGAAAGUUGACACCGGCUUUUGGUCAAUACGCCGCCACCGAGCAGCAGCUCGAGGGUGAGUUCCGCUUCAACCAUUCGCGUCUUAUCGAAAACGCCGAAGAGGUGGCGCUCUUCCGCGGGCAGGCAGCCGAGCAGAAUGUGAUUGAGCGUGCCUACUUUUCGCUCAUCAAGCACGUCAACCGCGUCUACCGUAUUCGUAUUGUCCACGGUAUGACCGAGGAAGGCAUCAUCAAGUGGUUGUGGGGCGCGCUCGGCCUCUGCAUCUGCGCUGUGCCCGUCUUUGUUCGCUUGCCAGGCGGCGGCAAGGUUCUUGACCUUGGAUCGCGGACCGAAUCGUUUGUCACCAAUCGACGUCUCUUGCUUUCGUCGUCGGAUGCAUUUGGCCGUGUCAUGUACUCAUACAAGGAGAUCUCGGAGCUGGCAGGUUACACGGCACGUGUUUCAGAGCUGUUGGACACCAUGGAUGCUAUCAAGGCGGGCAAGUUCGAGAAGAAGCUUGUCUCGUCGGCCUCCAUCCAGGAGAAUGCGCUUGUGCUGCAGGGCAGAGGAACGAUUCAGGAGGACAGUUCGAGGUCGGCUGGUGUCGAGUUCCGCGAUGUGCCCAUUGUCAGCCCCAACGGUGACAUUUUGGUGCCAAAACUUAGCUUCUACGUGCAGCCCGGCCAGCAUUUGCUCAUCAUCGGUCCGAAUGGAUGCGGUAAAAGUUCGCUCUUCCGUAUCCUUGGUGGACUGUGGCCCGUGUAUGGCGGAACAGUCAAAAAGCCACCCACGUCGGAGUUCACCUACAUUCCACAGCGACCGUACCUCUCAUUGGGUACGCUGCGCGACCAGAUCAUCUACCCGCACACAGCACAAGAGAUGCGAGCACGUGGCAAGACCGACGAGGAUCUGCUCGACAUUCUACGCGUUCUGCAGAUCGAGCAUAUCGUGGUGCGCGAAGGUGGAUGGGACGUGCAGCGCGAAUGGCGAGACGCGCUCUCUGGCGGUGACAAGCAGCGUAUCGCCAUGGCGCGACUCUUCUACCACAAGCCCAAGUACGCGAUUCUGGACGAGUGCACCUCGGCGGUGACGCUCGAGAUCGAAAAAAUUAUGUACGACCACGCUACCGAGCUCGGCAUCACCAUGUUGACCGUAUCGCACCGACCUUCGCUGUGGAAGUACCAUAGCUACGUGUUGCAGUACGACGGGCAGGGUGGAUAUGUCUUCACCGAGCUGGAUGCUGAGAAGAGACUGGCACUGCAGGAGGAGAAGCAGGCGCUUGAACAGAAGCUGCUGCAGGUGCCUAGGUGGCAGGAGAGGCUCGAGGCAUUGAAGGAGGCCAGACGUGAGAGGAACCAGUCGAGAAUCGGUUCUCCCGUUCAGGAGAAGCCAAACCCUGUGGCUGCCGCUUAG